AUGGCUGGCGAAAUCGGCACGUCGACUCCUGAUCUCGAAGAUGCUACUCUAGCGAAAUUCGACAAUCUCGUCGCAACAGGAAAAAUUAUAUGGGGCCCUUCCGAUCCUGAAUAUAGAGACACAGGGCUUAUUUACGAGAUUGGACUGCUAGAGAAUAGUUAUGAGUUUCCAGUCGAAUUUAGGGUAGCACCAGCUUUUUCAAACAGACUAGAUCCAAUUCCAUCCUAUGUAGCCGGUAACAGCAAGCCCGCUCUAUUUACCGGCCCGGAUCCUGCUCUUGUGGCUGCAAGAAUUGGGGAAACCCAUACAUUAGCGUUUUUCAAAUGUUGCGUUCCCCGUCCGCAUCUUGUCUUAUAUCCAAACCAAUUUGAAGGGCAGAGUGCCAACCUCACAGAACAAGACCUCCAUGCGGCAUGGCAAGUUUUAAAAGCGUUCCCGAGAACCCCGUUGAUGAUGAUCUACAAUUAUGGUUCGGCGAGCGGAGGUCCCCAGGGCCACAAACAUAUGGAGAUGUUCCCGAAGCCUGGACACUCAGGUUUCAAGCUGUUUCCGGACCUAGCCAGCCUCAAACAAAGAGAUGUCGUCUCGGUACCUACUAUGCCAUAUAAAAAUUAUAUAAUAGCACUUUCAGCACAAACCUCACCCGAAGAUCUUGUGCAAAAAUACAACACCAUUGUUUCUUUGGCUACACACGAUCUUUUGUUUCACAGAAGAACGUCCUAUAAUGUAGUUAUGACAAAAGAUUGGAUCAUGGCUAUUGCAAGGAAGUAUAUUGGUCAUCCAGGCCUUGAGGUGGACGCUGCGGGUAUGAUUGGAAUGGUCUGGGUUGGUAGCGAGGAAGAAAAAGAAGCCUGGAUAGAGAUAGGGCCGACCAAUUAUCUGGGACUCCUCGGGAUACCACCAGAGUUUGUAUGA